ACAGGACGUUUUGUUUAAAGAGCUCGGGAGGCGCUCGUGCACGUGGAUAAUUAUUGAAAUUAUUAUCGAUACUGCCAAGAUACAGUGUCUUUGCUUGAAUAUUUUUCCCUUCAGUUUUCACUCGCCGCUGAAGAGUUCAAUCAUUCAUUGUGUGAAUUUGAAUGAGGAUAGGAUUACCAAAUUCAUACCGGCGGAUAGCUAAACAGAAACCAUGUGCCACACAGAGACAAUAUUCUGCAAUAUGAUUGAAACGCAUUAAUUUAAAAUAAUUAUAUAUCUAGCCCAUCCAAUAUCUCUGCUGCGUUGUGGAGAGCACUGCCUUUGGCUUUGGACCCCCAGGGUGCAGGUUCGAGCCCCGCCUCCAGCUGUAGUACCCUGAGCAAGCAGGUCAUUGGACGGCAGUUCAGCACUCAAAGCAGCGCUGGGGAGGCAGGGUCUCCGAACAACAGCAACACACUCCUGAAAUACAACUGGAGUGUCUGUGUUUAGACCUAGGAUUGGGAGGUCCUGAACCUGGUCCAGAGAAGAACCAGCAACAUACCCAAUGUGGUUUAGAAGAGCACUUCACUCUACAAACAGGACUGUGCUCUUCUUGGCGAGUCUGGGAUGGACGCGCUGGGAGAUGGGGAAGGGUGCGCUGCAAAGGCUGCUGGGAAGGUCCUACUUAUCUACGAAUGGCCAUAGACUAACCAGGCUGGCCAAGGUAGUGCCUGUCUUCAGCAGAGCGCCGGGGUUUGGAGAGAAGCUGGCUGUGGUGGACGCCAGCGGGAGUCACACCUACAGAGACCUGUAUGAGAGCAGCCUGGGCCUCACUGGGAGUAUCGCCCAGCAGCUCCACUGUGACUCUGGUGACCUGCAAGGCAGGAGAGUCUCCUUUCUGUGUGCCAAUGAUGCCUCCUACGUGGUGGCGCAGUGGGCUAUCUGGAUGUGCGGGGGUAUCGCCGUGCCCCUUUACAGGAAGCACCCGCCUGCUGAGCUGGAGUACAUCAUCAGUGACUCCCAGAGCUCCCUGCUGGUGGCAGGGGACUCCUAUGUGGAUACCCUGAGGCACCUAGCCCACAAGCUGGGGCUCCCCUGCCUGCAGCUGCCAGCCUCCUGCAACCUGGCUUCUUUGAAGGCCAGUGAGAUGCAGCUCAGCCCAACAAUUGAUGACUGGGCGGACAGGCCUGCCAUGAUUGUGUAUACAAGUGGCACGACAGGCCGUCCCAAGGGGGUACUGAGCUCCCACAGAAACCUGCACGCCAUGGUCCAGGCCCUGGUCACAGAGUGGGGCUGGUCCCAAGAUGAUGUCAUCCUCCACACGCUCCCCUUGCACCACGUCCACGGCAUUGUCAACAAGCUCCUGUGCCCGCUCUGGGUGGGUGCUACAUGCCGCAUGCUGCCCGACUUCCAGCCCCACAAGGUGUGGGAGUACCUGCUGAGCGGUGAGACCUCCCGGGUGAACGUGUUUAUGGCUGUGCCCACUGUCUACUCCAAGCUCAUCGAGUACUACGAGAAGCAGUUCACCAAGCCCCACGUGCAGGACUUUGUGAGAGCCGUCUGCCAGGAGAAGAUUCGGCUCAUGGUGUCUGGUUCGGCUGCCUUGCCCCUCCCCACCCUUCAGCGAUGGGAGGAGAUCACGGGACACACCCUGCUGGAGCGUUACGGCAUGACGGAGAUUGGCAUGGCCCUGUCCAACCCGCUGUAUGGACCCCGUGUGCCAGGUGCAGUGGGAAACCCCCUUCCUGGUGUGGAGGUACGCAUCGCCAUGACUGCCUCCUCCAACACCACUAUCGCUGAGGGCACCUGCAGGAAGACACAGGUGCGGCCUGGCAUGGAGGGUAAGGAGGGUGAGCUGCUGGUCCGAGGACCCUGUGUAUUCAAGGAGUACUGGAACCGACCCCAAGAGACAAAAGAAGCCUUCACUGCUGAUGGCUGGUUCAAAACAGGGGACACGGCUGUCUACAGGGAUGGGGUGUACUGGAUCAUGGGCCGGACCUCAGUGGACAUCAUCAAGAGUGGCGGCUACAAGAUCAGUGCUCUCGAAGUCGAGCGACAUCUGCUGGCCCACCCUGACAUUACAGAUGUGGCCGUCAUUGGAACCCGGGAUGCCACGUGGGGCCAGAGGGUGACAGCUGUGGUGCAGCUGAAGAAAGGGAAGAGCCUCUCACUGGAGGAACUGAAAACCUGGGCCAGAGAGCGCAUGACGUCCUACAUGAUCCCCACCGGUUUGGUCCUAGUGAACGAGAUGCCCAGGAACCAGAUGGGAAAGGUCAACAAGAAGGACCUGCUAAAGCAGUUCUUCCCCAGCUAGAUCCCUGCAGCAACAUGUCACUUCCUGUUAGCGGGUUGAGCCCCCCCCCCCCACGGAGUCAGAAGGUCCCGGCAUUGCUCGGCUUCCGGAUCAGGAGAAAACGGACCGAAGACGUUGAAAAGGAAAGGCAAUUCUGCUGAUGGACGUUAAGAGCCGCGUUCAGCCCUCUGAAAGCUGAGUGCCCCCUGGUGUUCCAGCUAAUCGUCAUCCUCACACUGAUUUUACCGUGUUUGUGACCAGUCUGAUGAAAGUGAGAAAUUGUCCAGUUUUUAUUUUACACUGACAGUGCCGAUGUUGACAAUUAAUAGUAAUGAUGAAGGUGGCAGUGGCGUCAUCUCAAAGGAUGUCUCUAGUCAUCUUCUCUCUGCGAUGUGAUGGAAUG